ACACUCUCGAACGAAUCGGUCGCGGUUGUUUUUCGGUUUUUUGUUUGACCAUAAGAAAAGCCCUCUCGAAACGAAAGAACCGAAGAAAAAUGCGCUCGGAAAAUAAGUCGUAGAUUCGAAUCAAAAAAGCGGUUGCAGCGCCAAUCUUCUAAUUGUUUUCUAGCCGGGAUAAAAUAACGGGCGCAACACAAUUGUAAUUGUCGAAAUACGAGCGGUAAAAGUGUCGAAUUCGGUGCGAAAAUCCGCGAAUAAAUUUAUGCAAUUUCCCGAGGAAAACGGAAAAUAAAGCGUCUGUCUGCCCUGCCAGCCCGCUGUGUGCAUGUGUGUGCGUGUGCGUGUCUGUGAGUGUAUAACAUAACAGAAAACAAAACAACAGCAACAACAACAACAAGGCAGUCAGGAUCAACGGUUCUUCAGGGUAGUUUGUUUGAGUUUGAACAAAGCAAAGCAAAAGCAAAGCCCACGAAAGCAGGAGUGAUAGAAAGAGAUAGAGAGCGAAUACAGGGGGGGAUAACGGGAGAAUACACCCCACAUACAAGCAAACACACACACCCGCUCCUCUCCUUUGUGUGCGCUUUUGCCGCCUGGAAAUGCAAUGCUAGAACAACAACAAAAGCAACAUCAAAAGCGAACGAUGGAAAGCAGGGAAGGAAACAAGAGCAACAACAACAACGCUUAAUUGUCUGCAGCAUCGUUGGCCGAAAAAAUCAAACAAACGAUUGCAUUUAAGACGCCCUGGGAUAUUUUCCAGUCGAAAGUGCACCAUCUCCCUGACAUGCAGCACAAGGAAAUGUUGAAUUUGCUUGUUUUUUCCAAUCAAAAUGGAGCAAAAUAAAUAAUCAAAAUUAUAAAUCAACCAAAUAAACUAACUGUAACCGAAUAAAUUGAACGACGAACGAAAACCAAUCGAUAUCUCCAAUAAAGUCAGCUCAAUACUAGGAAAACAUGGAUCUAAGUCUGGAACGCGAUAGCUCCGCGCUGGGUAGUCUCUUCCAGCAGAUUAUCAAUGACAUGAAGAACACAUCGCCGCUGUGGGAGGACUUUGUGGCUAAGGCCGGAAAACUGCACACAUGUCUGAGGGCCGCCAUCCAGGCAAUCGCCGCCUAUUUGGAUGCCUUCCAAAAGAUAGCCGAUGCGGCGACCAAUUCAAGAGGCGCCUCCAAGGAGAUUGGAACCGCCCUGACCCGCGUCUGCCUGCGCCACAAGGCGGUGGAGACGCGUCUAAAGACCUUCACCAGCGCCAUCAUGGAUUGCCUAGUGCAACCGCUGCAAGAGAGGAUCGAGGACUGGAAGCGAACGGUGGCCACCAUCGAUAAAGACCAUGCCAAAGAGUACAAGCGCUGUCGCAGCGAGCUGAAGAAGCGCUCCAGCGACACGCUGCGCCUCCAGAAAAAGGCGCGCAAGGGCCAGACGGACGGGCUCCAGUCACUGAUGGACUCGCACAUGCAGGAUGUUACACAGCGUAGGGCCGAACUGGAGGAGGUCGAGAAGAAGUCCUUGAGAGCGGCCAUGGUGGAGGAGCGGCUGCGCUACUGCAGUUUCGUCCACAUGCUCCAGCCAGUGGUGCACGAGGAGUGCGAGGUGAUGUCAGAGUUGGGUCAUCUUCAGGAAGCCAUGCAGUCGAUUGCCCUGGUAACCAAGGAGCCCAGCGUCCUUCCCCAGGCCUCCGAGGAGCUUAUCCAUGACACCAAGGCCAGCAUUAAUCUGUAUCCCGAAUCCCCGGGCGGAGGUUCCGGCUCGCAGGGUGGCGGCUGCUCCAACUCGCUGGGCUCUCGAAAAAGCUCCGUCUGCUCCAUCAGCAGCAUGAACAGCAGCGGCUCUAGCAAUUCGCCGGGCCAUCACCAUUACCCACGCUCCCUGUCGCAGUUUGUAACGCCCGCAAUUCGCUUGAAACCUGGUGAAUCCAGUGAUAGUGGCUUUUGCUCAUCGCCAGCUCUAACAACACAGGCUUCGAAUGCAACGAAUCAGACGGCGAAUGUAUCCACCUGGCCCCCACAUUCCCAGGACGCUGUGGACGCCCUGCCACCGACCGCCGACCGUCCGCACACGAUUUCCACGGCCUACGAGAAGGGCCAUCAGCGUCCGCCACUGACCGUCUACACGUUCCAGAACCCGGAGACUAUUCACGAAUCGGGCAGUUGCCUAAACAAUGGAACCGCCGUUCCAAAUGGACAGCCUGCAUCGGGACAAGCCACACCGGCCACCCAGAAGUCUCCGGCUGCCUCACUAAGUCGGCCACCCUUGCCAGUUCGCUGCUCGUCGCUGGAGCGACCGCUCUCGGCCCAAAGUAACCACCGUCAGGGAAGCGGAAGCAACCUGCUGCAGCGCCAGUGCCCCUCUCCGAUUCCAGCUCAUAUCACGAAAGAGCUGUCCGCAGCGCAUCAUGCACAGCAGCAGCAGCAGCAGCAGCAACAGAACCAGCAGCCCCAGACGCCGCCCACCUAUGUGAACAUGUCCGAGCUGGCCACCAUGGCGGCCUUGAAGCUGACCAACCAGCAGCAGCAGAAGCCCUCUCCACCGCCUCUGCAGCAGCAGAGCUCCAUCGAUUCGACCAGCUCUCAGCAUUCCAACGACUCCACCGGCUCGCAUCAGCUCCUCCAGCAGCAGCAGCAGCAGCAGCAUCAAUCGCACCAGAAUCAUCACUCAGCCACUGCCACACGCUCCCAUUCCAUAUCCUCGACGGCCUCGUCACUGCACUCGCAUCCGUCGAUCGACUCCACCGUCGCUUGCGGCUCGCUGGUGGGCCAGACAAACCAUAGCACCAGCACCAACACGAACACCACCUCGCCGUCCAGUGGCAGUUCUACGCCACAGAACCAUUACUCGCCCCUGCUAACCAACUCCCCAACGUCCACCGCCGCAGGUACUCCUAGUGGCAGCAGUCUAGGUCAAGGAUCCGCACUGGGAUUUGUCUACCAGGUCAGCUCACCGACGCCUCCAUCCAGCGAAGUGCUGAAGAUCACCGAACAGGCGGCAGCUGGGCAAGAUCAUGGACCGACAAACGGCGAGGAAGAGGAGAUGGAUGAGCGGUCGCGGGCUUCUGUUUUACAGAAGGCCUCCAUGUUCGAAAAGGCGGCAGCAGCGGCAGCGGUCUCGCCACCAGCUCCCAAUCAGGUACCAUCAGCAGCAUCUCCGGCUUUGGCAGGCGGAGGACGACGAUCCGAGGCGGAGCAACAGGAAAUGGACAAGUCUUUCGAAGAUUCAAUACAAGCUCUAAAUAAUCUAAUUGGCGAACUAGACUCGUUUCAACGCGAGAUCGAUGAGGGCAAGGGCAAGCCGAUGAGCAGCAUCAUCAGCAGCAGCAACAGCAACAGCAACAGCAACAGCAACAACAACAAUACCACGACCAGCAGCAAUAGCAGCAGCGACAACAACAAUCUGCCGGUCACCAGCAACAUCGAGCCCUGCGCCAUCAGCAAUCAGACGAAUUCGAGCGGCUGUGGAACUGACAUAUCGGACACCACGUCCGACGAACUGGCCGGCGAUGAUAUGGACGCCAGGCGGCGGGAUCGGGAUAGAGAUCUGCUGGGCGCCAGCGAUUCGGAGCUGAGUCGCUGCUAUGUGAGCGAGACGAGUUCGCUGACCGGUGGCUUUACGGCCGGCGGCUACGAGAAUCCCACUUUCGCGCACUUUGUGGCCAAUGCGAAUCGGGAGGAUGCAGUUUCGUUGGCCUCGGACAGCGUCUGUCUCGGCCAGCCACGCCACGCCUACGUGGACACCUGCAGCGACAGCGGCAGUGCCGUGGUGGUGAUCUAUGACCACCAGAUACCCAACACGCCGGACAUCGAGUUCGUGAAGCAGAACUCGGAGAUAGUAGUGCUGCGGACCAAGGAUCCGCAGCCUCAUGCGCUGCAGUUGCACGAAAUGCGCGAGCUGCAGCAGUUGCCGGACAAUCUGGCCGGUUCGCCGGAUUCGUCGCCGGACUCAACCGGUGGCAAGGCGCCGCCGACAGCAACUGUGGCGCCCGCCAAGCAGCGACUCUCCUCGUUUCGCGCCACCAGUGAGCAGCAGUUGCAGCUCCUUGGACGCGGCAGCCCGCAAAGAGGUAAAGCAUCCACUGAGCAAUCGGUACAGAGCAGGCCACAGGACCAGCACUCCCCACAGGCACAGCAUCAGGAUAUUGAAGGCAGUAGCCAGCCAGUAGAACUUGCCAGGCGCCAUCUGCCCCCCAAGCCCACCAGCUUGAGCAUUUUCAAUGGUCCUGCGCCCAGUGCGGGCGAUAGGCCUCUGGUGCCGCGAAAGUCGGACUUUAAGGCCGAUCUAGAUGCGAAAAUUCGCAGGCAAAAGCUGAAGGUUAAACAGCAGUUGCAGCAGCAGCAGCAACAGCAACAACAAUCGCCGCAGCAGCAGCAUCAGCAGCAAGCACCACAAGAACAGCAACACUCACCACAGUCGCCCCAAACCAGAAACUGUAAUGUCACUAAUAAAACAGCCGCCAAUGUUACUGCAUCUGCAUCUGCAUCCGCAUCUGCAACCACUGACCAGUACCCGAGUCAAAAUCAUAGAAUGCCAAACCAAAAUCAGACAGCCACAUCCAAUCAUAAGCAGUGCAAGACGCCCGUAAUCAUGGCAUUGUCACCGUCAUCACCUCGCAGCCAUCAACCAUUAUCAUCGUCAUCGCUAUCGUCAUUACCAUUACCAGCCACCAUAUCAUCACCAUCAAAUGCUCCGCCAUCGAUAUUGCCCGCCAGUGACCGACCACCCGCCCAUCCAUAUGUGUGCUCCAAUGCCCCAGCCAAUCCCCAUCAUGCCAAUAGCAUUACCAAUGCCACUGCCACUGCCAAUGUCAAUGCCAAUAUCAAGCCGUGCAUUACGCCCCGGCCGGCCUCGUUGUCGGGAGGAGCAGCAGGCGGUGGCUCCACGCGCAUUGCACGCCGUUCGUCCAUCAAUCAGGCCAAGCCACCGCCGCCAGUGCGACGCAGCUCGUCGGUGACCCCCAGUCCCAAUGUCUCGGUCGGGCUACAGCAACAACAACAACAACAACCACAGCACGCAAAUUUGCCGCAACAAAAUCACCAACUAAGUAGCUCCAGCGAGCACUUACCGCCACCGCCGGCAUUCAUGCUGGACGCCAUGCCCCAGAUGCCCAGUUCAGCGCUGAAGGUAUCUGAGACGGUAAGAGCCCUGGCAGCCAUGCGGCACCAGCCAGCCUCACCUGUGUCGCUAAGACGCAUGCAACAGCUACAACAACAGCUACACCAGCAACACGUGCAGCAACAACAACCCGCAUUGCAGUCUGUGCACAACUCCCCCCUGAACGAUGACCUGACCGUCUACUACGACUCCUAUUUGGAUCUGCACGCCUAUGCCCAGGCCUUGGCCAAUGGCCAACAGCCGGCGGGCCAGCAGAUGGCCAACCAGCAACGCUUUAGCCACCAGCAGCAGCAACAGCAAAAUUUCUAUCUGCAGCAGCAACAUCAGUCAACGCAACCGCCUGUUUACCAAGCUCCUCCGCCCGCCGAUGCCACGUUCCGCACCUCAUCACCAGCCGCGAGCGGAGGGGGUGGCGGCGGCAUCUACGCCCAGCCCAAACUGGUCAACAGCAUGUCCAGCUUCCGCACCAGCAGCCCCAGUCCCAACGGACACGCUCACCCACUGCCACCGACACAGCCAAAGGCGAAUCCGAACCUAAUUGCACAGCUCAAUGCACGACUCAGCGGCAAGCAGCAACAGCAACAGCAACAGCAGCAGCAAGUCGAGGGGAUCUACGGCAACCAGCAAUCAGCAGGAGGAGAGUCCAUCUACAUGCGGAGUGGCUUGUCCAUGUCGCAGCCGCAACAGCAGCAACACUAUGACGGUAAAUCAGAGCAAAUACAGCUGCAGCACCAGCAACAGCAUAGAAUUUACGCUAGUUUUGGCACCUCAUCAUCAGCAAUGUCAUCGGCCCAUGUGGCCAACAGCAGCACUAAACCGUCCAUUCUAACACCGACCACCUCUUUCAAUGUCUUGCCUCACUUUCCCCUGUCUUCAUCCACAUCAUCGUUGCUCUCAAAAGUCAGCUCAUUCUCGAACUCUUCAUCCGCAUCCCCACCAACAACGGCAGCGGCCUCCGGCUCGGCCAACUCGCAUUAUCAGCCACCUCAGCCGCCGACUGCAGCAGCUGCUAACAGCAAAGACUUUGCCACCUACUCAAGUUCGUUUACCAAAAAUCCAGCAGCUGCGCAAUCGUCGAACAUGCGACAGGCCCAUUCCCAUCAGCACCACCAGCAGCCGCAGCAACAUUACACCUGUCCGCCUCCUCUGGAGGAUCCCCCACCGCCGCCUAUUUACGCCGCCGGUGCAUCGGCCACGAUGCCCAAGAAGAUGGCCCGCCCGCCCACUGGCCAGAAUGCGCAACAUCCAAGCGCCUAUGCAGCAGCCUCGGCGACGGCCACGCUGCCUAAGAACAUAAUGCAGCAACACCAACGGUUGCAGCAACAACAGCAGCAGCAGCAGCAGCAGCAAUAUCAACAGCCGGCAGGCAUGGGCAAUGGUCACUUAGGUCAGCGUCCGCAGUUGCCGCUGCCCCAGCAGAAGCUUCGGGCUGCACAGCAGCAGCACUUGGCAGAACAGCAGCAACAUCAGCUGCAGCAGCAACACCAGCAACGCCAGCCACCCAUACCCUCACGCCACUCGAGUGUUCAGCAAAAGAUAUUCGUCUCAACGAAUCCAUUCAUACAGACAACGGCCGUCAAGUUUCACUCGCCCUCGGCCUCGCCCACUCCCUUAACUGGAUCUGGAUCUGGGUCCUUGGCCAGCAUUUAUGCCACAACUUCGCGCAGCGGCCACCAUCACCAGCAGCAGCCGCUGCAGCACGCUCAGGUGCAGCAGCAACACUACUACCGCGACGUUGCCGGGAGCAACAGCAAUGGCGGCGCUGCCUACUAUAACCACAAUGCCCAUGCCCAUUCCCAGGCACAUCAUUCAAACUAUGCCACAAGCACAAAUAUCGAAAAGACUGGAAGCAUUCGGGCCAAGACCAAGGCCGAAUUCCUCGAGAAUCUCAACGCGAAAUUGGCGAAGCAGGGAAUGUCUGGACGAGCAUUUGCCGUGCGAAAUCUCAUCAAUAGCAAGGCCCUGCCGGAUCCUCGCAUCUGUCACGAGUCGCUAAUGGAUCAAAUCAAGCGCGGAGCCACCUUAAAGCGUAACCAGAAGAUCAACGAUCGGAGCGCUCCAAAAAUACAUUGAAUUAACCUAUAGUCUUAAGCAGAAUAACAUAUUUAUUACAAUUAUAAUUAAUCUAUGAAUAAUCAUGAGGCCCGACGCCUGCUCGAUCGCAGGGCUCUGCCGAGUUUGGUUUGAAACUGAAAACUCGAAACUGAAAACAGAACAUAAAACUUAAAUACAUAUGAUUACGAUACAACAUAUUCGAUAUACGAUAUUCAGAUUUAACAAGCGCAUUAAGCUUAACUCGAACUAAUCAAUACCUUUCUUGAUUUCCUGUAUCCCAAAAAAUGUGUGUCCGAAAGGCUUUCUUUGUUAAGUGAAUACAGAACGGAAGACAGUUAGCACUCGUAUGUUUAUUUAUAUCAAAAACUCGAAUUUAUCUUUAGUGAACAGCUGUUUGAAGAUAUUUUAUGUUUACGUAUUUACCAUAUUUAUAAUUUCCCUUGCUUAUGUACAUACACAUGAUUAUUAUUUUAACAAACACUCGGAACUAAUCUGACGCCUAAUAAAUGGAAUUUAUCGUAAAA